GUGUUUUAAAUUUAAAGAUGGAGGCCAUGAAAUGUACAAAUAAUUUUAAAGCACUAUCUUCAUAGUCUCUGUUCAUAUUUCCUGACAAAAAGAUGUUCAUGUUUUUAUUUACACACUGUCAAUUUUCUGUUUUAGCAAUUAUUAUAAAAAUGUUUAAUAUAGGUUGUGAGUGUGUCAUGGCGCAAUCGAAACAUAAAUUUUUAUCCCAUUUAUAUUUAAAAACACUAUUUCAACCUACCAUUUAUCAAAUCACGCAACAAUACAGAUGUCAACAAAACAGUGUGAAAAAUAUUCAAGAAAAAUCUGAUCCAGUAGUUCUGACGAAAAAUGAUUUAGCCUCUCUACACCAAGACAUAAAGAAGGAACUGUCAACCAGGUUGGGAGUCCUAAGUGACUGCUGUCAUUAUUAUUUCGAUGAACAAGGCAAGUUGUUUCGACCAAUGGCUGUAACAUUGGUAGGGAGAGCUUGUAAUGCACAUCUUCGAAAAAAUAGCUCUUUGUUACAAAGUCAAAAGCGCAUGGCAAUGAUUGCAGAAAUGAUUCACACUGCCAGCCUACUACAUGAUGACGUCAUUGAUGAUGCUACCACAAGACGAAAUAAACCCUCAGUGAACCACGUGUUUAGUCAGAAACAAGCCAUAUUAGCAGGCGAUUUUAUACUGUCCAGAGCUUCAAUCCUUCUCGCACAGCUUGGAAACACCAAGGCUGUGGAAUAUUUUGCGCACAUCAUAGAUAAUCUUGUCAAAGGUGAAUUGAUGCAGCUAGUUGCAAAGGAUGAUAUCAAUGAACGCUUUAACCACUACUUAUCUAAAACGUUUCGCAAAACUGCUUCAUUAGUUGCGUAUAGCUGUAAAUCCGUUGCACUUAUGGGUGGCGGCGAUGAAACACUUCAACAAACAGCGUUUGAUUAUGGUAAAAAUAUAGGCAUAGCUUUUCAGUUGGUUGACGAUGCUUUGGAUUUUGUAUCAACAUCAGAAACAAUGGGAAAAUUGACAGGCGUUGAUUUGAAUCUUGGUUUGGCGACAGCUCCUGUGUUAUUCGCAGCAGAAAAGUAUCCAGACUUACAUGUUCUAAUUGGUCGUCGAUUUAACAACAAAGGAGAUGUCGAGCUUGCUUUUCAAUACGUACAAAAGAGUGACGCUAUCAAGGAAACGUUCAUACUAGCUAAACAGUACGCCAACCAAGCUGCAAAAACUAUAAACACAUUACAAGACUCUGUUGAAAAGGAAGCGCUGGUUAAUCUUACAAAAUCAAUUGUCGAACGUGCGAGGUAGCGAAGGCGAGAAUAGUUUUUGUAGUAAAUUUUUUAUGAAAUUUUUGGUUUUGAAUAAUUGUGAAUAUAGUUUGUCUUUGGGUAACGUUCACAGCUAGUGUCUGCAUCAUCGUAAGGACUUUAUAUAGUCUGCAUGUGCGUAAUCUUUCAUCGAAACGGCUUUGUCUGAGUUAACUUCAAAACGCUGAAUAAGCAGUGGUAUUCAUGCAACUUAUCGAUAUAUGUAGGAUAAUUUGUAAAUGUUUCUUAUCAUAUUCAUAGGGCCAUGUUUGAAGAAUAUACUUCUGUUUACAAAAA